UAGUAUGCGAGUGUGCAUGAUUGACAGUAAAUGGACCAAUCAGAAACGCUUAGAUACAUUUUUAACGAGCGUAGAGAUUUCAACGUCCAAUCCUUGUGUAGAAACAAGGCGGGCUUUAGCGUAACCAAGGCAAGUCUUGAGUCAAGUAUAAAGGGAAUAACAUGGUGUCCCAGUGGAUGUUUAUGUUUACUUAAAGAACAGACUAAAAAGGGCGUUUUGGAAGACACAACGGAGUUUUCUUUGUAAUUGCCUUUUUGCACUUUUUUAUGUUAAGAUUUACAAGGCCAGUGGCAUGUAAAUCUCAUAUUUCACUAAUGUGCCAGUCUUACAAAUGGAAAGGGGGCUUCACUUUGGAAACGUGAGCAUUUCCCUGGUGCUCCUGCUGUUGCUGAAAGCGCUGACCGGAUUCGGGACGUCGCAAACUCAGGGCUCCGCCAUCGGGAGGGUGUCGCAGUCCGCCGCCCGGGGCUCAGGUGCCACCUCGGAGGAAGAUGGUGCAAGAGUCAUGGAGCGGGGCUUGGAGAACGUAGGCGCCCCGGUCGCAGGAGCAGAUGUUACCGUGGAGGACGACGAGAACGGGUCGGCUGCGGAGGCCGACGAAUCAUACGGAGAAAGUAACGGAAACGUCCGAGAAACGAGGUCUCUCGUGAUCAUCAGUACCCUGGACGGGCGGAUCUCGGCUCUGGAUCCUCACAACCAGGGCAGGAAGCAGUGGGACCUAGAUGUCGGCUCAGGGUGCCUCCUGUCCUCCAGCCUCAGCAAACCUGAGGUGUUUGGCAAUAAGAUGAUCAUCCCGUCACUGGACGGUGCCUUGUUCCAGUUGAACCGGGACAGGGAGAGUAUGGAGGCAGUGCCUUUCAGUGUGGAGUCCCUGCUGGAGUCGUCCUACCGCAUCGGAGAGGACACUGUCCUGGUUGGGGGCAAAUCCCUUACUACCUAUGGCCUGGGGGCCUACAGUGGCAAACUUCGGUACAUUUGCUCUGCGGUGGGCUGCAGUCGCUGGGGGGACGACGAGAUGGAGACCGAAGAGAUGCUCUUGCUGCAGAGGACUCAGAAGACUGUUCGAGCCUUCAGGCCCCGAUCAGGAAUGGAGAAAUGGAACUUCAGUGUUGGAAACUUCGAGUUGAAGCUUGUUCCCGAGACGCCGUCCGGAAUGAAUUUCCUGGAGGGAGAAGUUGUUAACGGCGAAGCCUGGAGGGAGAAUCAACGGAUCAUCACUGAUGAACCAAAAGAGAGGGAACAGACGAAGAACCAGCAAAAACAGAACCAGAAUCUGGACCUCGUCAUCAAAGUGUCUGUUCCUCAUUGGAAGGUCAUGGCCUUCAGCACAGAGCCCAACGGACAGCUGGUCUGGGAGCGUCAGUUCUGCACACCCAUCGCCUCAGCCUGGCUGGUGGGCGGGGGUAAAGUCACACCGAUCAGCCUGUUUGACGACACCAACCAGCCUGAAACUGAUGAGGAGGAUGAUGAGGACGGUCCGGAGCAGGCCAAAGGAGAUGCAGAGUCCAGUGUUUACCUAGGGAUGUUCCAGGGACAGCUCUACCUCCAGUCCUCAGUCAGGAUCUCUGAAAAGUUCCCUUCAAAAGCUAUCGGGUCGGAGAAAGACAUAAUCCCACUGCCCACUAUCAAAUGGAAGCCUCUAAUCCAUUCCCCAUCUCGGACACCGGCCCUCGUCGGCUCUGAUGAAUUUGACAAGUGUCUGAACAAUGACAAAUUCUCCCAUGAAGAAUACAGCAACGGAGCCCUGUCCAUCCUUCAGUAUCCAUACGACAACGGUUACUACUUCCCCUACAGCAAGCAUUACCGGGAGAAACGUGACAGCGCCGUAAGCCUGAUAAAGGGAAACGGGGCAGGCGCCGACAGUCGCAGGAGAAAGGACCCGGUGCUGCUGCUGCCGUGGUGGAAGGAGAUCCUCGGCACCAUCGUCUUCUGCAUCGCCGCCACUACCUAUAUCGUCCGCAAGUUCUUCCACCCUCCUGCCCCUGUGGCCUAUGUGCGGCAACGGAAAGAGUCAGAGACUCAGUGCCAGACAGACUGCAAGUUUGACCUUGAGGUUGUGGAAUCCAAAGAGCCGGUUGUCAUGGAGACCCGUUCCAGCGAAUAUGUGUCCAGGUAUCUGACUGACUUUGAGCCGGUGCAGUGCCUCGGCCGCGGGGGGUUCGGUGUUGUGUUUGAAGCCCGCAACAAAGUGGACGACUGCAACUACGCCAUCAAAAGAAUCCGUCUGCCCAACAGGGAGCUCGCCCGUGAGAAGGUGAUGCGUGAGGUAAAGGCCCUGGCCAAGCUGGAGCACCCGGGGAUUAUCCGCUACUUCAACGCCUGGCAGGAGAGCCCCCCCGAGGGCUGGCAGGAGGAGAUGGACCAGAGGUGGCUGAAAGACGCCAGUACCACCGACUGGCCAAUGAGCUUCUUGGACCACAUGGAGGCGCUGUCAGUCAAAGUGCCAGUGUCCAGCUCAGUCUCACCUAUCUGUGGGCCUCAAGGAGAUGUUCUGGAGGCCUCCGUCGAUGCACAGGCCCUGCUCUCCAGCAGCGCCAGCGGUGCUGUGAGUUUCAGUGUUGACGAUGGAGACCUGUCUUUCCAUCCCCUCCUGGGUCAUGACAGCUUGAUGUCUGAGCGGGACAGCCAGGCCGACCCGGACGCCUCGGACACGCCGCACUCCUUCGAGUUGUACCCGCCGCGCGGCCCCAGCGACUGCACCUCCUCCUCCUUCGACAUUGUUUUUGAGGAUUCGGGUUGCGACCGAGACGCGGACGCGGACACGGACUCUGCCUCCGGUGCAGCCAGUCCAGGCACAGUGACGGAGAAAACCAGCUCGUCUUCCUCGCACACCAGACGACAAGAAAACAUCCCACCCUCUUCUUCUUCUCCUCCACGGCCAACGUCGCUCGCCCUGGCUCUCCCCACAACUCCUGCAGCCCAGCGAGCCCAGCCUUCUCCCAAGGUGUACCUGUACAUCCAGAUGCAGCUCUGUCGGAAGGAGAAUUUGAAGGACUGGAUGGCUCAGCGUUGCCUCCCAGAACAAAGAGAGCACAAUCAGUGUCUGGACAUCUUUGUCCAGAUUGCGGAGGCUGUCGACUUCCUGCACAGCAAGGGGCUCAUGCACAGGGACCUCAAGCCCUCCAACAUCUUCUUUACUAUGGACGACGUGGUGAAGGUGGGAGACUUUGGCCUGGUGACGGCUAUGGACCAGGAGGAGGACGAGGACGAGCCCAGUGCGCUGACGCCAGCUCCGCUCCUGACCCGGCACACGGGCCAGGUCGGCACCAAGCUCUACAUGAGCCCAGAGCAGCUAUCUGGAAACUCAUACUCUCACAAAGUGGAUAUUUACUCUCUGGGUCUGAUCCUGUUUGAGCUGCUGUAUCCUUUCAGGACCCAGAUGGAGAGAGUGAGGACGCUGACAGAGGUGAGAGCUCUGCACUUCCCAGAGGUUUUCUCCAAAAACAACGUUCAGGAGCUGAGUAUGGUGCGCAGCAUGCUGUCGUGGAGCCCCGGCGAGCGUCCCGAGGCGGCUGAGAUCACAGGGACUCCACUGUUCCAGGAGCUGGAGCUGCCUUGCCGACUGGCUGUGAGGCAGCGCUCCCGUACCUACAGCGCCUCGUCCAUGGGCCGACCCUCCCGCCAGACAUCAACUACCUGAAGAUGCCACACGACGCAAUAUGUAACCCCCACAAUGCCCGUUUCCCCUGUCAUCCCCCUGCUGGUCUACCGCCUAAGAGAAACACCUCAGCGCCCUGCCAUCACACACUGCCUCAGAGAGAAUCACUUUAAAUGCCAAGCACUGCAAAUGUGCAGGAAUUUGUCUCAUUUGCGUUAGAGCAGCGAGACAACGUCCUGCAAAGUUCCUCUGCUUGGCAAAUACACAUGCUUACAUAUCCGCACACCGUUAUGCCAUCCAAGUUCCCAAUUUUAAUCACACUUACAAGUGAAAGGAUAUUUUAAAAGCGACAGCCGUUCUGUAAUGUUCAUGACCAGACUUGGCUCAAGCGGUACUUAAAAAUAAUUCUUAGUGGUAGUGGAGUACCAGAUGGGCAGUGUUUACUGCAACAAGUCAGCUCAGCGUAGACUAAGCUGUUAUCCAGAGAACAUUUACCUAAUUGAUUCUGAAAUGUUUACCUGUGAUUGUUUUAGACAUUUGACAUCCUCAUCACUCUUAACAUUGCAAACUGGUCUUGAACAAGCAUCUGGUACCCCGAGAUAAUUGACAGAAAUGCUAAGAACUAUUUUCUAUAUGAUUUGAUCCGGCUCUGGUCACAACACGCUGCUUGCUCUCAACAUUCAGCCAGUGUUCACUCACCCACACUACACCUCAGGUAUCAAAACCAAGAGGACACUCCAAAGGGGCCUUUGAUGCUUGAUCAUCCUAUCUACUAGUGACUAGUACUGAUCACUGGUACAAGCACUAACUGGUGUUCUGACACCUAAUAUGCCUGAUUUGGAAGACCAAAAAAGACCAUCUUUUUCCUAUGUUUUUUUUUUUUUUUCUUUCUUUUUUUUUUAAUAAAAGAAGGUGAUGUAUUGCGUAUAGAAGAGUUUAUGAAUCCAGUUCAGCAUAUGUGAUUUGCCUUUAGAAAGGGGCCUGCGGCCCCCUCUGAAUGAAUGCAGAGCCUCUGGCUCGUGUCUUUUUUGCAUGUACCUGAUAGGAAAGUGACGGGGUGAGAGUGAGUUUGUUUUCUUAAAGCCAGUACUUUGACGCAGUUUUUCUGUGUGUAAAUUUACUCAAUGACUCUGAGGUGCUCUAUCAUUUUUCAACACCUCCUCUUAGCUCUCUGUACAUAAUUGAAGGGAAAAACCUGUUUAUAACUUUUUCUUUGUUAAUUCAGAAGAUUUGUUUGAUCAAUCCUGUACAUAUUGUAAGGCGCCAUUGCUUGUAAAUGGCUUUUUCAUGAGGCAACUGUAAGAUAAUGUGAUAUACUGUGGGAGAGGGAACAAAGAGGAGACGAUCUCUGCCAUUAACAGAUAGCUGAAUGUUGCAGUGUGACCUCCAGAGUACGAUAACGGUGGUCACAACUUAUAGCUCUUUGAAGUUAUUCUCAGUGUUUGUUUUCACAUGUUUGGGUUACCAAGAGGAAGUGGUUUUCCCUGCUUUAAGCACCAGAGAAUAACCCGCAGGACCAGAGUGCCAUUUGAAAGUCAGUUAAGUGUACUUUUCUGUAACUGAUAACUCACCUCACAUUUUUCGCAAUUGUGCUACUGUGCUCCAACCCCAUCCAGCUGGUGUUUCCAGUAAAGCAUGACAAACACAAAUACUGAGGUCUGCAGCUCUCCCACGAUGCAGGAAAAAAUAGCAUUUAAUUGAGAAGGUGAUAACUGUUUCGUCUCCUCUACAUUAGGGACCUGAUGUCGGUCAUGUGAUCUGCAUAAGCUUUGUUUAAUGUAUAUAUAAGAAGUGCUGGGAGAGUCACAUGACCUGCUUGUAACUACACACACACAAACUGCUAAUUGUAAUGUGCUUUCAAUGAUUGUACUUUUCUAAAGAUCUUCUCUGUUUUCGAUAAGAGCAGUUUUUUGAUUAUUCUGCAGGGUUUUUUGAUUACUGUAAAGUCUUGACUGUGUCUGAUGCAGGAAGUCAAACUGAUGUUCGUCCAUCCAUCCACUCAACCCACUGGAAAUGAGUCAUUCUCUGUUGUAAAAUGAUCAAUUCUCUCUUCAGAGUUUAAAACAGACUGUACUCCCACCACGAUAAAGGUGGAAACUGGAGAGUUCUGUUCCAUAAUGACGUAUCCUGAAGUUCGGCGGAACAACUCAUGCCACAAAUUUAGACCAAAUUAGCUUUUUUGAAAGACGGUACUGUAACUGUAACUUAAGUCCUUUUGUUGAGAAUGUUACACCUUUUCUAGGCUUACUGUUUGAUAUUUUGACGUAACUCGAUAACGGAUCAAGUGUAAAUCCCGCAAAAUUAGCUCACAGGAUGUGGGGACCUUUGUUUUUUUUUCUGCUAUUUUAUAGGAUUCCUGAUGGAAUUGUGACAUAAAGACUUGGUUUUGAACAAUUUUACAGCCGGAAAGAAGGAAACUGUCACUUCUUAAAUCACCUACAGUAGUAAAUAGUUUGUCAUCGUUUCUCCGUUAUGACUCAAAACAGCAUUACUAACAAUAGUGUAUUAUCUAAGGUUCUAGAAACUUUCUGCUUUUUUCACUCAAACCAAGAAAAUGUGAUUAUACAGUAGGUUUUUCAUGCUUUGUUGAAAUUGUGUUUAUCCUCCUUCCACUCCUGCCGCCUGGGUAGCUGUUCCUGAGGAUAGUUCAAUUAAAUCUACCCCCCCCCCCCUUCAAUCUCUGAUGCCUCUGUCUGGACAUGUAGUUGCCUAUUCUUGUGCACAACCCCAUUUUUUUCUGUCCAUGUUGAAUUGUAAAUAUGUUUAUUUGCUUUAUUUAUGUUUUGAUGCCGUGAUCAAUCCUUUUUGGGUUGGUGUUAUUAUGAAUGCGCUUCAUGCGAUGGAGCGCGUUGGAAUAUGAUGACUUCUUACAAGUCUAAAUUUAAUAAACUGUUCUAUACCAUU